AUGUCUAUCCAAGAAACCCUAGCAGGAAAAUUCUUGGUCACUGGAGCUUCAAUGCGCCAUGAAUCGCCAAGCUUAAACAUUGAUAGCACAGAAAAGGAACCAGUCGCUAUUGUCUGCGCUCCCAACGGAACGGGCAGACCACGUAUUGUCGCACAGAGGACUAUCGAAGAAGGAACAUAUUUCGGUCCAUGGUUACUUUGCAAGACAAAAUUCGAAACAGAACAAGGAAUUGAACAAAAGAGUCUUCACGGAAAUUUCCGGUACAAACUUGCGCCCAGCGGCCUAUCACCCGGUCUUCAGUGGAUGUCCCUGGUUCAUGGAGAGUCCCACAAACCUCAGCUGAAUGAAACGAAAAGCCCAAAUCUAGUUCAGGUUGAAAUUUCCCAAGGUCAAAGCCCUUUCUUCAAAGGACCGCUUCCCCAGGCCGUUGGGUGUCAGGAAAGGAAACAUGUAUUUUUCCGAGCCACACGAAAAGUUCUACCUGGUGAGGAGUUGAUCUUGAACUGCGUCAAUCAGCUGGGCAAUGACUUCUCAGCAAACCAUGCGUUCAAUGAAACAGCUGAAAGUCUUUCAUGCACCGGUCCUCACCAGGGGCUCCCUGCAAUACCUUUGAACAAAGGACCCAUUCUUGACGCAAGUUCUUCAAAAGCUUACUAUAGAAAACAACACAACAAGGCUAUGGAUCCCAUGAAAGCUCAACUGUGUUGGCAAUCACUGAACAGAAAUUCAGCUGGCUGGACGGAAGAACUUCAGCCCUUCAAUAAAGUACAUCCGAGAGUCACGUGCCCAACGCAAGCUGUCGAUUUAUGUAACCAAAAGUUCGGCAAGUAUUUGUGUGCUGUCAAAGGGCAGGGAUUCGCGGAGGGAGCAAAAACAACACACGGGGAUCAGUUCAAUCUCCACUCAGCACAAAAUUUAAACGAAACCAAAGCUUUAUUCGACAGGCAGAAGAAGGAAUCGCCGGCCUUGUUGCUAUCUGCUCAUCGGUCAGUGGCUUCCACAGGUGAGAGUCCCAGAGGUCAGCUUCCACCUGCACAUAAAAAGGAAUCGUUCGAUGGUUCAUGCAAUCCUGAAUAUCCAGAGGAAGAACUGGGUUCGCAAUUCUACGGUGCUAUUCACACAAGGCUCACAGGUCUUUCACUGACCGGCAACGUCCGCGCACCAAACAACGGCGAGCGGAAUGAUGGCUCAGUAGCAUGGGUUGCGGUCGUCCCUUCCGACAACGGACUUGCGAUCACACGGAACUCAUGA